AUGCUGUGUAUGAUAUAUGAUGAAGAAGAGGUAGAGGAAGAGAAAAUUGAAGACUAUGAGGAAGAAGAUUCUGGUCCCAUCUACGACACUGAUGGGGAAGGAGAAUAUUGUGAAAGAAUGGGUUUUUUGGUUGAAGAGAAAUUUAUUGAAGAAAUUGAAGAAGAAACUAAUUUUGUGAUCGGAGAUGAAAUUGUUGAAGCAAUUGUGGAAGAAAUCAAUUUUAUUGAUAUGCACAAAAUUGUUGAAGAAAUGGUGAUUUUUGUUGAACAACAAAAAUCAUUCCGAGAGCUCACAACCUUGAGAACCAAUGACUAUAAGUGCCACAAAAAUUCAGGUUCUCAUAUCUUUUAUGAACAUAAUUCCUUUUCUAAUGAUCUUAAAGAAAUCCAAAUUGGAAGCUUCAUUGAUCAAGAAGGGUUAUUUGUUUUUCAUCUUCAUGUUCGUUUCAAAGUGUGGGAAAUUUUUACACUUUGGAGACCAUGGAAUGCUUAUAUUUUACAUUUUGAAGACCUUGACGAGAGGAGGAAGUAUGGUGAGAGGUUGGAUUUUACUGAUUAUGAUCUUACUAAUGUUGUUUUUGUUUUGUCUUCAUUCAUUGAUCAAAAGGAGAAAAAAGACUUGCAUAUUACUUUUGAUAAAAAGUUUUGUCCAAUUGAAGAUAGAAACUUGUCAUUCGUGACUCAAAAACAGCAAGACCAAUUAUUUUUGGAUGAUGGCAGAAUUUUGUACCCUCCAAAAGACGAUAUGAAGAUUUCCAAAACAAUAUGUGUUCAUGGCGUAGCAAUCAGUCACGAAAAGAGGCAUUGCGUGGCAAUUCUUAUGCCAAUUUUUCGUGUUGGCGACAAACAAAACAUAUUUUUAUUAAUUCUUCAUUCGUUGUUCAAAAACACCAGGAGCGAAGGCUUGCAUUUUGUGGUGAAAGAAAGAAGAAGGAUUGUAUCCAUUGUUUUACUAACCAUCUUUCUAAGAGUAAAGAAGAAAGAAUUAAUCAAUAUGAAGAUCCAAGUCCCAAGUAUUUACGUAGGGGGGAGCUCAUGA